AUGAUGGCGGCGGCCGCGGCGGCGGGGGGAGCCCCCGAGGUGAUCGCCCAGCUGGAGAACGCGGCCAAAGUGCUGAUGGCACCACCUUCCAUGGUCAAUAAUGAACAACGUCAGCAUGCUGAACACAUAUUCUUAUCAUUUAGAAAAUCAAAAUCGCCAUUUGCUGUCUGCAAGCAUAUUUUAGAAACGAGUAAAGUGGACUAUGUCCUUUUUCAAGCCGCCACAGCAAUUAUGGAAGCCGUUGUACGAGAAUGGAUUCUGUUGGAGAAAAGUAGUAUUGAAUCACUGCGAACAUUCCUUUUAACAUAUGUCUUACAAAGGCCUAACCUCCAGAAGUAUGUACGGGAACAGAUAUUAUUAGCAGUAGCAGUAAUAGUGAAACGAGGAUCAUUAGACAAAUCAAUUGACUGCAAGAGCAUUUUUCAUGAAGUCAGCCAGUUGAUAAGCAGCGGUAACCCCACUGUGCAAACCCUGGCCUGUUCUAUUUUAACGGCAUUGUUAAGUGAGUUCUCAAGUUCAAGCAAAACCAGCAAUAUUGGACUUAGUAUGGAGUUCCAUGGUAAUUGCAAACGAAUAUUUCAAGAGGAUGAUCUCCGUCAGAUCUUCAUGCUCACAGUAGAGGUACUACAGGAAUUCAGCCGGUGUGAAAACCUUAAUGCUCAGAUGUCUUCAGUCUUUCAGCGUUACCUUGCACUAGCCAAUCAGGUCUUAAGCUGGAAUUUUCUUCCUCCAAAUUUAGGCAGACAUUAUAUAGCUAUGUUUGAAUCCUCGCAAAAUGUGAUGCUAAAGCCAACAGAGUCCUGGCGUGAGACCCUCCUGGACAGCAGAGUUAUGGAGCUUUUCUUUACAGUGCAUCGAAAAAUUAGAGAAGACACAGAUAUGGCACAAGACUCGCUGCAGUGCCUAGCCCAGCUAGCCUCUCUUCAUGGGCCAGUGUUUCCUGAUGAGAGCUCGCAGGUCGAUUACUUAGCUCACUUCAUUGAGGGAUUGCUCAACACGAUCAAUGGAAUUGAAAUAGAGGACUCUGAAGCAGUGGGAAUAUCCAGUAUAAUCAGCAACCUGAUCACUGUAUUUCCUCGCAAUAUAUUAACAGCCAUUCCAAAUGAACUAUUUUCUUCCUUCGUUAACUGCCUCACACACCUCACUUGCUCUUUUGGAAGGAGUGCUGCUUUGGAAGAAGUGCUUGACAAAGAUGACAUGGUAUAUAUGGAGGCGUAUGACAAGCUCUUGGAAUCUUGGCUUACUCUAGUACAAGAUGACAAACAUUUCCAUAAAGGCUUCUUUACCCAGCAUGCUGUUCAGGUUUUUAAUUCUUACAUCCAGUGCCACUUAGCUGCUCCUGAUGGUACAAGGAAUUUGACUGCCAAUGGUGUAGCCUCUAGAGAAGAAGAAGAAAUAAGUGAGCUACAGGAAGAUGACAGAGAACAGUUCUCUGACCAGCUGGCCAGCGUAGGCAUGUUAGGAAGAAUUGCUGCCGAACACUGUAUACCUCUUCUUACAAGCUUAUUAGAAGACAGAGUGACACGGCUUCAUGGCCAGUUACAAAGUCAUCAGCAGCAGUUAAUUGCCUCACCAGGAUCAGGCUCUGUGGAUAAUAAAGUGCUUGAUGAUCUGUAUGAGGAUAUUCAUUGGCUUAUUCUAGUCACAGGCUACCUCUUAGCUAAUGAUACUCAGGGAGAGACUCCGCUAAUACCUCCAGAAAUAAUGGAGUAUUCCAUUAAGCAUUCAACUGAGGUUGACAUCAAUACAACGCUUCAAAUUCUUGGAUCUCCAGGAGAAAAGGCCUCUUCUAUUCCAGGGUACAACAGAACCGAUUCUGUUAUUAGGUUAUUGUCUGCUAUUCUAAGAGUUUCAGAAGUGGAGUCUCGAGCAAUAAGAGCAAAUCUAACGCACCUUUUGAGCCCUCAGAUGGGAAAAGAUAUUGUAUGGUUCCUUAAACGGUGGGCGAAAACCUAUCUCCUAGUGGAUGAAAAACUGUAUGAUCAGAUAAGUCUGCCAUUCAAUACAGCAUUUGGUGCUGACACAGAGGGCUCUCAGUGGAUUGUGGGUUACCUUUUAGAAAAAGUAAUCAGCAACCUUGCAGUGUGGAGUGCUGAGCAGGACCUCGCAAAUGACACUGUGCAAUUGCUAGUAACAUUGGUAGAAAGGAGAGAGAGGGCGAAUUUAGUAAUUCAGUGUGAAAACUGGUGGAACUUGGCUAAGCAGUUUGCCAGGCGGAAUCCACCUCUUCACUUUUUGUCCAGUUCUGUGCAGAGAACAUUAAUGAAGGCCUUGGUUCUAGGAGGUUUUGCUCAUAUGGACACAGAUACUAAACAGCAAUACUGGACAGAGGUUCUUCAACCACUUCAACAAAGAUUCUUGAAUGUGAUAAACCAAGAGAACUUCCAACAAAUCUGCCAAGAGGAAGAAGUGAAACAGGAAAUCACUGCAACCUUAGAAGCACUCUGUGGCAUUGCUGAGGCUACCCAGAUAGACAAUGUAGCAAUUCUCUUUAAUUUUCUAAUGGACUUCCUUAACAAUUGUAUUGGACUAAUGGAGGUGUACAAGAAUACACCAGAGACUGUUAACCUCAUCAUAGAAGUUUUUGUUGAAGUUGCACAUAAACAAAUAUGCUAUCUUGGAGAGUCUAAAGCCAUGAAUUUAUAUGAAGCCUGUUUGACCCUACUUCAAGUGUAUUCCAAGAAUAAUUUAGGUAGACAACGAAUAGAUGUUACAGCAGAAGAGGACCAAUACCAGGAUCUUCUUCUCAUCAUGGAGCUUCUUACCAACCUGCUUUCGAAAGAAUUUAUAGACUUCAGUGAUACAGAUGAAGUAUUUAGAGGACAUGAUCCUGGGCAAGCUACAAGCAGAUCUGUGUCAGCAGCAGAUGUAGUCUUAUAUGGAGUGAACCUUAUUCUGCCUUUAAUGUCUCAAGAUCUACUCAAAUUUCCAUCACUCUGUAAUCAGUACUACAAACUAAUUACAUUUAUCUGUGAAAUAUUCCCUGAGAAGAUUCCACAGCUUCCAGAAGACUUGUUUAAAAGCCUUAUGUAUUCAUUAGAAUUAGGGAUGACAUCAAUGAGUUCAGACGUUUGCCAGCUCUGUUUAGAAGCUUUGACGCCAUUAGCUGAACAGUGUGCAAAAGCACAGGAGACGGACUCCUCCCUCUUUUUAGCAACAAGGCACUUUCUUAAGAUGGUUUUUGAUAUGCUUGUACUGCAAAAGCACAAUACAGAGAUGACAGCUGCAGCAGGUGAAGCAUUUUACACAUUAGUAUGCUUGCAUCAGGCUGAAUAUUCCGAAUUAGUUGAAACGUUAUUAUCAAGCCAACAAGAUCCCAUCAUUUACCAGCGGUUAGCAGAUGCCUUCAACAAGCUUACUGCAAGCAGCACUCCGCCUACGCUGGACCGUAAGCAGAAGAUGGCCUUCGUUAAAAGUUUAGAAGAUUUUAUGUCAAAUGUUGGUGGACUCCUCUGUGUAAAAUAAAACACCAGAACUGUAUGCCUAACUUAGACCCUUUCUGCAAAAUGCACUGAGAAAUGCUGAAAGCUGACUUAAUCUUAAUGCCUGUUUCUGGGGGGGUUUUCUCAGCCAUCCUAAGAUUUUAGAGAGCCUGGAAGUUUUGGUAUAGCAGAGUGGAAUAGGAGAGGACAGCUUUAAAAUCAGCUUCUGCUAAUGUGUUUUAGCCACAGUCUUGUCAUACCUUUCUAUGUUGUACAGAAUAAACAGAAACUGAAAUCUUACAAAGAAUUCCACAAGUGCAUACAGAUAACGGGCACAGUUAAAAACAAGAACCAGUGCCUUGCCCCAAAUGGCCCUCAAAUAGUGACCAUUCGGACUUCGAAAAGAUUGUGUUUUUUUUGUUGCUAUAAACCCUUCUAGUGUGUGGUGUAAGCACAUACAGAACUGUAAAACAAUUCUAAGCUUUAUUUUUUCCUCUGAAAAUGGAGUGUAUGAUCCAGAAGAAGAAGAAAAAGAAAAC